AUGGUACAUGGUUCAUGUGGUCCAUACAACAAGAAUUCACCUUGCAUGAAGAAUGGAUCCUGUUCAAAGUUCUAUCCCAAAGAAUUUAGACAGCGAACACUCAUUGAUGAAGCCGGAUUUCCUAAAUAUAGGCAUACUGAUAACGGUCAAACAGUGAAGAAAAGGGAAUGUGUACUAGACAAUAAGUUGAUUGUUCCGUAUAAUCCAGAAUUGUUGCUCAAGUUCGGGUGCCACAUAAAUGUAGAAUAUACAUGCCAAACAAGUUCUAUUAAGUAUCUGUUUAAGUAUAUACACAAGGGUAAUGACCGCGUAACAGCUACUCUAUACAACGCUGGUGAUCCAUCAGAAGCCACACAAGUUGUUGAUAAAAUUAGGAAUUACUACGGUUGUAGGUACAUUUCGGAUGAGCAACCUGUGGUUUAUGGUGAAACUUCUAAUGUGAAUGAUAUCAUUAAAAGAGCAAUAUCUCAUAAGUCUAAUGUUUUGGGAUGGAUGGCGGCGAACAUGUCAUAUCCCUAUGCUCAAAGUCUGACCUAUGCUGAGUUUUCAACCAAGUUUGUUUGGAAGGAUGAUGCUUCAAAGUGGUUUCCUCGAAAGCAAGCUUCGCAAUUGGAAGAGUUAACCAUGUCAGAUGAUGAGAUUAAGCAGUUGUGCUUAAUAGAUAUAGACAAGAUCUUACAUUCCUAUGGUAAAACCUUAAAAGACUAUCCUCUUAUGCCUUUAGCAACUGAAGUUGAUAAUUCUUUGUUAACCGAAAGGAUUAUCAGGGAAGAGCUAAACUUUAACAGGGAUGAUUUAAAGAAAAAUACCUCAGACAUGUUAGCCAUUGCAACACUUGAGCAGAAAUAUGCAUUCGAUAAAAUUGUUAAAGCUGUGUAUUGUGAUGAAGGGAGUUUUUUCUUUGUGUAUGGUCAUGGGGAUACUGGAAAAAUAUUUCUCUGGAAUUUUGUGUCUGCUGAGAUUCGCUCAAGGGGUGAUAUUGUUUUAAACGUUGCUUCGAGUGGUAUUGCAUCUUUACUUCUUCCCAAUGGAAGAAAGGCACACUCAAGAUUCAAAAUACUGCUGAACAUAACUGAGGAUUCUGUAGUAACAUCAAACCUGGCAUUUGAUGAGUUUGUUCAUUUUUCUUAUCCAAAUAUUUUGGAUAACAUCUCCUCAAAGGAUUUUUUAAAGCAAGAACUAUAUUGGCUCCCACACUGGACAUCGUUGAAGAGCAUAAAUUGCUCUGGUUUGCCUCCACAUAAAUUAAUACUCAAUGUUGGUGUUCCGGUGAUGUUACUAAGAAAUAUUGACCAAUCCAGUGGUCUUUGUAAUGAUACAAGGCUACAAGUUAGGAAGCCUGGAAAUCAUGUCAUAGAAUGUGAAGUCUUAACGGGUAACAAUGUUGGUCAUAUUGCUUUAAUUCCAAGAAUGAAUAAUGUACCAACAAAUGAAACCGUCCUAGUUAGAUUCCAAUAA